AUGAAAAUUGGUCGACGGCCAGUGUACAUUGCAGGGACUCUGCUUAAUCUUGUCGGCUGUGUUCUUGGAGCUUUCCAAACGACCGUGGAAAUGUAUUUUGGCGUCAGUAUCCUUACCGGAUUUGGUGCCGCCCCAGUGGACUCCCUCGUUCAGGUCACAACUACGGAUAUCUUUUUUGCCCAUGAAAAAGGUACUCGGCUAAGCUUAUACGUCUUUACAUUAUACGCGGGAUCAUAUCUUGGCCCUGUGGCAGCCGGAUACAUUGCCGAUUCUCAGGGUUGGCGAUGGUGUUUUUGGUGGCUUGUCAUUUUCUUCGGCAUCCUCCUGGUGUUGCAAGCGUUUACGAUGGAGGAGUCUGUAUUUCGGAGGCCACCAACUGCAGCAGAGAUGUCUACGGAAACCGUCCUCGAAGACAAACUUCAAGUUGCUGAGAAAGGAAGGGAGUCAUCGCUUCGUACUACCGAGUCAGAAACGCCUCCACCCCCUUCAAAAACAUAUUGGCAGAGAAUGGCGUUGCAUACUAGCAGCAGCGGUGAUCCUCGCCCUCUCUGGCUGGUGGCCAUCAGCCCAUUCUUUCUGGUCACUUAUCCCGCCGUCAUGUGGGGUGGCAUCGUUUACGGCGUCCAAAUUAUGUGGCUUUCGCUUAUCACGGUGACACAGUCUGCUACUUUCAACGCACCCCCCUACAAUUUCAGUAUGGCCAACGUGGGCAAUACAAACUUUGCAGCAUUCAUCGGCAGUAUCAUCGGUAUGCUUUGGGGAGGCUAUGUCUCUGAUUGGUGUACUCUCCGCCUUUCUCGACGUAACAGAGGGAUCAUGGAGCCCGAGUUUCGUCUCUGGACUAUGCUUAUACCUGCUAUCAUCAAUACGGGAGGCCUUCUGAUGUAUGGCUUGGGAUCACUCUACGGGGUUCAUUGGAUUCUUCCCGCCGGGUUCGGAAUGGUAUUUAUUGCUUUUGGUAUUGGAAGUGGUGCGGCCAUUGCACUCACUUAUGCCGUCGACUGUUAUCCCCGCGUUGCAUCAGAAGCCUUGGUUCUGAUGCUCUUUAUCCGAAAUCUUAUUGGUACAGGGUUUACCUUUGCAAUCGAGCCCUGGCUGGAGCAUAAUGGCAUGCAGAAUACAACCAUCAUCAUGGCGAUGUUGUGUUUGGUUACAAACCUUUCCUUCCUCUUCAUGGUGUGGAAGGGCAAAAGCUUCCGGGAAUGGACUGCUAAAAGUGCAUUCCAUAUUUUCACCUCUUGUCCGUCAAAACUCCAUAUCGUAAGCCAGAGCGUCUUCACACAGCUCUUCACGCAUCUGUUGCACCCUGAUCGCAGAAAUCAAUUAGUUUAA